AUGGCGUGGCUAGGAGAAACUUGGAGGGGCGCCAAGAGUAAUAUGAAGGUACCAAAACGUAAGGCAACUCAGAAUGACGUCAAGGUUAUCGAACCUGAGGUGAACAUAGAGCAGGAAAUGCAAAUUCUGAACGCUGAACAACUUUCCCUUUUUGAUGGUAGUCGACCGUCACGGCCUGUCUACUUAGCAAUCCUUGGACGAGUCUACAAUGUCGAUAAAGGAAGAAAACAUUACGGAAAAGGAGGAGGAUAUCACUUCUUCGCUGGAAUUCGUGAUUGGAUAUCGUUUUAUGAGAAAGACUACAAAUUGGUUGGUGUUCUUGUUGGUAGGUAUUACGAUGCUAGUGGGAAUCCAACACAAGAGCUGCGGGAUGUAUUAGCUCGUAUGAAAACGGCAGCCGAAUGGAAAGCUUCCAGAGCAGCCGAGGCCGAGGUUUUCCCGCCAUGUAACAGCGAGUGGCACCAAAAUAGUGGUGGUCGGGUAUGGUGUUCAAUGAAGAGUGGCGGUAUACAGCGAGAUUGGGCAGGGGUGCCAAGGUAA